AUGAUCUUAUUGGAUAGUUCACGCUCCCUCAGGCUUCAGCUUAUUAACAGCAUUGCUCAUGUAAUACUUGGAGCGCAAAGCUCACCAAUACUUCAUGCAAUUCGUCGACGUUCUAAAGUAGAAAACAAUUUAGGAAUAACAGAGGACGGUCUGCCUAAAGACUAUCGCCUCCAAGUUUUUAAGGUAGGCAGUCGACGCCUCGACACUAUUAUUAGCAGGGCAGUUGGUAAGGGGCGAGGACAAGCUGAAAAACUGAUCUUAACUAACAAAGUCCAAGUUAAUGAAGAAAAUGUUGCGAAGAAAUCGGCGUAUCAUAUACAAGAAAACGAUGUGAUCGAUAUAUGGAAACAACCAGUAGAAGAUAAUAUGAAAUUUGCUGAAGUUCAAAGGAUCGAGAUAGUAAAUUAUACAUUAACCGAUUCCGGCUAUGAUGUCACUUUGAAAUCGUGGAAAAAUUUUUAUGUGCAUAAUUGGCGUGAUAAGUAA